AUGGGCGACAGAACUUCAACUCCGGCGCGCACCCCGGCAAGGACCCAGUCCAACGUUAAGAGAUCUGGACUGGCCUCGACGGGCAGGCAGUCGAGUAUUCUGGGCUUCUUCUCCAAAGCUGCCUCCUCGGGGACUCCCACGAACGCGGGCGCCAAUACCAAUGCCAAUGCCAAUCCCACUAUCGCCGCUUCCAGUCCAGCUUCUGGUGCGACAGCCACGCCUCGCGCUGGCCAAAAGGAAAAGUCACCAGAAUGCCUCAAGGAAUCCACAAAAUCCAACUCGAUUCUUCCGCCCAGGCGGCGGAAAAGACUCGACGAAACGCCAGUCCCUAGUAGUGACGCCGUUCUACCCCCGAGCUCCCAGGAAAACCCAGGCACUGCCUAUUCCAAGGAUGAUGACACCAGGACCAUCAUGAUGCCCACGGUUGUCAACUAUGCCGAGUCAUCAGACGACGACGGCGACGAUGUCUUUCUCUCGUUUUCCGGGAGACCCAAAAGCUCUCGUCCAUCACGCUCUCGAUCACGACCUCAAGUCUUAGACGAGGAUGACGAAGACGAUGCUUUCGAGCUAGACGACAAUGUAAUCAACGAGGAAGAAGACGAUGACAUGGCGGACUUUGUAGUCGACGACGACGAAUCCGAUCAAGGGCCCUCAAAGUCCAAGAAGAGAAAACGACCGGCAGCACGCCCGAGCGCCCCACGCAAAAAGUCCGCCGUAUCCUCUCCGCCCAGCCCUCGAAGAUCGUCAAGGCAAGAGGAGGAUGACCAAGAUGAGGAGAUGAUGGAUGAUGUUCCCAGAACCUCAACAGCCCUGAAAUGGAAGUAUGAUCCGGACAACAUUGAACCAACCGAACCUCGAUCGGCCACUCCUCGUUCCGCACAAACACCAUCAGCCACCAAGCCAAAGCCAAAGGCACACACAAGAGAGCCUGAAGAGAGAUACCCGUGGUUGGCCGAUAUCCAAGAUGCAAACAGGAAUCGACCAGGACAUCCCGAUUACGAUCCUGGCUCCGUCUAUGUGCCCCCAUCUGCCUGGAGACAGUUUUCGCCGUUUGAGACGCAGUAUUGGGAGAUCAAGAAGAACUUAUGGGACACAGUGGUCUUCUUCAAAAAGGGAAAGUUUUACGAACUCUAUGAGAACGAUGCCACCAUCGGACAUCAGCUCUUUGACCUCAAGCUCACUGAUCGUGUCAACAUGCGCAUGGUUGGCGUUCCCGAGAGUUCGCUAGACAUGUGGGUCAACCAAUUUGUGGCCAAAGGGUACAAGGUUGCCCGGGUCGACCAAAUGGAGUCUGCGCUGGGCAAAGAGAUGCGGGAACGUGACACCAAGGCUAAGAAGGCGGACAAGAUCAUCCGCCGCGAGCUUACUUGCAUCCUUACAGGCGGCACCUUGGUGGACGGUAGCAUGCUUCAAGACGACAAUGCCGUCUACUGUGCAGCCAUCAAAGAGUCCGUCGUGGAUGAUAAGCCUGCAUUUGGCAUAGCCUUUGUAGACGCUGCUACUGGACAGUUCUUCAUCUCAGAGUUUGAGGACGAUGUCGACCUGACCAAGUUUGAGACCUUCGUAGCCCAGACCUCCCCACGGGAAUUGAUCUUGGAGAAAUCGCAUCUGUCUACCAAGGCUUUGCGGAUUCUCAAGAACAACACGAGUCCCACCACCAUUUGGAACUAUCUCAAGCCGGGAACCGAGUUUUGGGACGCUGACGUUGCGAGGCGUGAAUUUGACUGUAGCGGCUACUUUGUGUCUGGCGAAGGUCAGGAGGAGGUCUGGCCUGCGAAGCUCAAGGAGGCUCGCGACAAAGACCUCUUGAUGUCCGCACUCGGUGCUCUGACUCAGUAUCUGCGCAUGCUCAAGUUGGAGCGUAACUUGCUCUCCCAGGGCAACUUUGCCUGGUACAACCCUAUUCAUCGGAACGGCACACUUAUUCUUGACGGCCAGUCUCUUAUCAACUUGGAAAUCUUUGCCAAUACAGCCAAUGGCGGCCCUGAAGGAACCUUAUUCCAUCUGCUGAACAGGUGCAUAACUCCCUUCGGAAAGCGACUCUUCAGGCAAUGGGUCUGCCACCCUCUCUGCAACAUACAGAAGCUCAACGAGAGACUGGAUGCCGUUGAUAUGCUCAAUGACGACCACAGCCUUCGGGAGCAAUUCUCGUCUCAGAUGAGCAAAAUGCCGGACUUGGAGCGGUUGAUAUCCCGGAUCCAUGCUGGGGCUUGCCGACCCGAGGACUUUGUCAAGGUCUUGGAAGGAUUCGAACAGAUCGACCGUACUAUGGAACUCCUGGAGUCCUAUGGUGGUGGCAAUGGGCUGGUUGAUCGUCUCAUUGCUUCAAUGCCUGACCUCAAGGAACCCUUAGGAUACUGGAAGACCGCCUUCGACCGGAAGAGAGCCCGUGAUGACAAGCUUCUGAUUCCUGAGCCAGGUAUAGAAGAAGACUUUGACCGCAGCCAAGCAGAACUGGACCGGAUUAAAGGAGAGUUGCAGGAGCUGCUUGAAAGGCAAAAGACUGCUCUACGAUGCAAAACCGCAAAGUUCACCGACGUCGGCAAGGAGGUCUACCAGAUCGAAGUCCCCAAAACAGUCAAGGUUCCUCCCAAAUGGCGCCAAAUGUCUGCAACAUCGGCGGUCAAGCGGUACUAUUUCAAGGAGCUUCAGGACCUUGUUCGUGAGCUCCAGGAAGCGGAAGAAACACAUUCUCAGAUCGUCAAAGAAGUCGCCUCGCGAUUCUUCAAGCGCUUCGACCUCGAUUACGAGACAUGGUUGCAGGCAAUUCGCAUCAUUUCACAACUAGAUUGUCUCAUCAGUCUGGCCAAAGCUUCGGCGGCGCUUGGUCAGCCUUGCUGCCGCCCAUUGUUUGUAAAUGACGAGCGGACCGUUGUCGAGUUCAACGAACUACGCCAUCCCUGCAUGCUCAACACCGUUGACGACUUCAUCCCGAAUGACAUCAAGCUGGGUGGUGAUGAGGCGAACAUUAGCCUUCUUACCGGCGCGAACGCUGCUGGCAAGUCCACGAUUCUUCGAAUGUCCUGCAUUGCCGUGAUCAUGGCCCAGAUUGGUUGUUAUGUCCCGGCUGUGUCCGCUCGUCUGACCCCCGUUGACCGGAUCAUGUCCCGUCUGGGCGCAAACGACAAUAUCUUUGCUGCGCAAUCCACGUUCUUCGUCGAGCUGUCAGAGACAAAGAAGAUCCUGUCAGAGGCCACACCCCGUUCACUCGUUAUUCUUGAUGAGCUCGGACGUGGUACAUCAUCAUACGAUGGUGUCGCAGUUGCCCAGGCAGUUCUGCACCAUGUCGCAUCACACAUUGGUUGCGUCGGUUUCUUCGCCACGCAUUAUCACAGUCUUGCUACCGAGUUCGAGAAUCAUCCCGAGAUCCGUGCUAGGAGAAUGCAGAUCGCAGUGGACGAGGAAAACAAGAGAAUAACAUUUCUGUACAAGCUCGAAGACGGCGUUGCAGAGGGCUCCUUUGGCAUGCAUUGCGCAGCCAUGUGUGGUAUUCCCGACAAGGUGAUCCGAAGAUCCGAGGUCGCUGCGAAGGAGUGGGAGCAUACGAGCCGGCUGAAGGAGAGUCUGGACAGAGCGAAGACAGGCUGCUAUAUUCCGCUCGGAGUGCUGAGUGAUGUGGCCAGUCUUCUAAGGAGCGAGAUUGGGAAGGAGCGAGAAGUUGGCGACAGGGGAGUGGAAGUGCUUUUGCGGGCUAUUGAGGCUCUUUGAUGGGCAAGGACAAGCCCAAGUCUGAAGUCCGCUAGUGUGUUUCCGCUCGAUGAUCAUUAGAUUUGCUCGGUGUACGGCGUCGAGGUGAGGACUUCAAUCAUUGACGUGAAACCCAAUUAUUUCUAGAUGCCGGACGACCAUGACACAUGAGGACAAGAUUCAUUCUUUUAUUCGCCCUGUCCGUCGGAGGGUUUCUCAACCAUGAUUGUGCCAAGAAGCCGAGCUGCUCAACCCCAGAAGGCUUAAAAAGGGGUAGUCUACCAGUAGAUGAUCGGGUUGUCCGCCUUGGCUUUGACCCUAACCCUUCAGACUCGCAUGGCUACUUUUCUAUCUAGGCCAACAACAAACCGAACAUAUGAAGCCUGCAACAAAGUUGUUGAAGCCGGAGUUUUGGGAGUGAGUUACAGGCUCUUCCAUGCUAGAUCAGAUCUGGGCUUCCGCAGUCCAAAACAUGCCUGGCGAUGACU